AUGAAGGGCAUCGGCCGCCAGUCGUUCCUCGUUGUGCUUGACUUCGACUACACCAUCGUCGACUGCAAUACGGAUGAGGUUAUCCCAGCGGCGCUGGGCCGCCGCGACAUGCAGCGGCGCCUGAUGCUGGAGAAGAGCCGAGUUCAGUGGACGAAGCUGAUGGACACCAUCAUCGCGCCCUUCCACAAGGAGGAGCUGAGGAAGGCGGCGCAGGACAGUGUCACCAUCGACCCAAAGAUGCCCGAAGUCUUUCAGUAUCUGAGAGAGGCACAGAAGCAGUACGCCGUCGCGGCGGCUGGGUUGACGUCGCCUGGCGAUGCGCGUGCGGCGGCGGUGCAGGACAACAUGCCGGGCUUUAUAGAGCUGAACAUCGCCAGUGAUGCGAACCUUCUGUUCAUUGACGCGGCGCUCGAUGCGCGCCUCCCGGGUGUGAAGGAGUGCCUGCCACAGAUUCACAGCAACCCGUACUACGACCUGACCGCGCCUGGCGUUUCUCAGAGUGCCGGCUUGGACGUGUGCUAUGGCCCAGACCGGCCGGCCGGCAGCCUCAACGUGAACGACGAGGCGGACCGUGAUGCAGUGUACAACCCGGGCAUGACGCGCAAGUCGCGCGUGUGCUGGUACGAGCCGUACGGCCACCAGUGUCAGUGCUGCCUCGCCGGCGGCAAGCCGAACAUGUGUAAGUCCAUUAUCAUCGAACGUCUGCUGCAGACGACGUCGCUCAUCGAUCCAACUGUCAUCUUCGUUGGUGAUGGCGCGAACGACUACUGCCCCGUACUGAACGUGCUGCGGCCGCGUGACUACAUGUUCGCCCGCCGCGACUUUCCGAUCCACCACAUCCUCGCCGGUGCCCCGCAUCCGGCAUCCAGCAAGAAGGGCGUCGCCGGCGACGUUGGCGGGUGCUGCCACAUUGGCCUGUGGAGGAACGCUGCGGAGUUGCGGGAGCUCUUCCAGCUUGCCUUGGAGCACCCUGGCGCACGACUCCCGACGCUCGUGCGGUUCCGCGAUGCGACUGCACAGGAGUUCCGCUCCGUCACGAUGGCGAAGCGCAUUCCUUCCGUGCUGAGGCGUGUCAUGGAGGAGCUCAGCAACGCGUCCGCGGUGUCCGAGAAGGGACGCCAGCGUGUCAUUGAGCUCAUGCGAGAUACAGAGGCGAACGGCAUGGUGCCGCCGCUGCCGGGCCAGGCGUGCGUGCCGGCGUGGCUGCGCAACUACGCAUACGUCUCUGAGUACGACAACGUCAACGCCACUGAUGUGGCACGGCGAGUGAGCCCGCCAGCGGGAAAGGGGAAGGAGCACCUGAUCGCGCCGCGCUGGGGCCAGUUGCCGUGGCUGCAUGGGGAGAUCUACUUUUACCAUGUGCUGUGGCAGUGCUUGAUGAUGCAGGACGUGGCCGAAGGGGCAGCGGAAGCGGACGCGACAGCCGCCGCGGGGACGGCGGCCACCUUCAAUGUUGUCACUCAGCACGCCUUGCACAACCCGCUGUUCUCGCAGGAGUGCCGCGUUGCGUCGACGCCGGGAUUGGUCAGCCCGCCGGCGAUCGAGAUGCAGAGCGCACGGGAUGUGGCGCCGCUGGUGUGCCGGCCGGCCUCGAUCGCCGACAGUGUCGUGGUACGGCGCGUGCAGCCCGGCAGCGAUCGCCCCGCUAGACAGGUGCCAUACGCGGAGAUGGUGCGGCAGCCGAGCGGCUGCGCCAUCCCCCCAGCCGCAACAUUCUUCUCCCAAUACCGCGACAUCUUUGCCCGCGAGAAGCACGCUGUCUUGAUGGACUUCUUGAAGGUACGCGUGGUGCCGAUGCUGGCGUGCCAACCGUGGGACGCCGAUCGCGACUACGGCGGCAUCUUGCUGCGGUGGAUGCUGUGGGGCAACGGCAUCGACCUCUCCAUGUUCACGCUCGACCAGCUGGCCGACUUGCAUGGCAAGGCAGCGGGCGGCGAAGACAAGUCACACGCAGGCGAUGUGGCGGCGCUGCGGGAAGUCGAGAAGGCUGCGUCCCUGGCGCAGGAUGCGAACCUGGUUGGUAACGAGGUGACCAAGGUGGAGGCCUACCUGCAGCGCCUGCUGGACCCGGACGACGCAUGCAACGGCACUCGUCAAGUGGACGUCGUCAUGGACAACGUUGGCGUGGAGUGCAUCUCCGACCUGUGCUUUGGUUUGUGGUACGUGAACCAGGCGACCAAGCUCGGCGCUGCGGCUGGUGCCGGCAGCGCGCGUGUCGUGUAUCACGUCAAGGCAAUGCCGUACUACGUCUCCGACGUGACGCCGCGCGACUUCGACCUCACACUCGCCACUUUGGAGGAUUCCUUCACCGGCGAGGCCUUCGAGCCGGAUGCGACGAAGCGGAUGACGCUGAAGGCUGUGCUGGAGCCGUUCAUUGCGCAGGUGCGGGACUGCUUCGCGCGUGGCGCCUUCGCUGUCGACGCCGAUACCGUGUGGACGCAGCCGUCCGAGUACCGAGACCUGCCGCCGCGUGUGAUAAACCGGUGCUUCUUUACCCAGUGCGUGUCGGCACCGACUUCUGCUCGUGAUGCUGCCGCGACGAUGACGGGGUCGGGUGUGGCUGCGGCGCUGGCCGAGACGGGCUGCCCUGGCUCAUCGGGGGCCGGGCUCUACCGCAUGAACAAGGCGCACGUCCAACCCUGCAGCGGGUUGGUCGUCUUCAAGGGUGACCUUAACUACCGCCGCCUCGUUGGCGACCGCUACUGGGACCGCACCGAUUUUUUGACGACGCUGGCGAAGGAGGAGAGGCCCGACCUGCGCAAGGCACCAGAGCGCUACAGCGCAGUGGAGCACUCCAUCGUGGAGGAGCUGACGCAGGACACGCCGCCAACCGCGCUGAUGGACUCACCGACCUUUUCCGACGUGAUGUCAGCAUAUUGGCCAACGCAGGUCGUUCCAGUGUGCUCGAUCCGCACGAUCAAGAGCGAGUGCUGCCUCGGCGUGCCUGGUGACGUGAAGGCGAGGCUGGACCAGGAGCUGGGGCUGCCGUGGCGCGUCAGCGGCAAGUACGGAGAGAUUCUGUUUGCUUGCUGA